ACAUUCGCCGUUUCAACUUCCGAAACAGGCUACUCUUGGAAAGUUUUAGGAUGGCGAUAACGUCUCCGAGUUCCUUUGCUUGUUUCGCCCUGAUUGUGGUGUUUGUGGAAGGGAGGGGCAUUUGUCCCCCAGGGACAUAUUGGGACCACGCCCUUGGAAAGUGCGAUCAGUGUUCUAGUAUAUGUAACUACAUGGAACAACAAGGGACGGUCACGUCAUGUGAAAGCAAUUGCCCAGGUUACAAAUCUUCCCACGAUGUGCCCCCGAAGCCUGAAGACAUUGCACCUAUCGAGAACAAGGACACUAAGUCGACAGACGGAGUCACGAUUGGUGUGUCGGUGGCUGCCAGCAUUAUAAUCAUCAGUAUUAUUGCAGGAGCACUUCUCCUACGUCGUAGUCGACGGAGUCGUGCUGCAACAGUUCCAUCUCAAAUUCUGGACACAUCAGCACCAAUGCUGUCCACUGGACACGCGAGGGAAAACAGACAGGAGGAGCAAGACCAUGAACUGGACCGAGGUAUUCCAGUCAACGAUGGUGCUCACUGAAAUUCUUCCUCGGACCUCCUAGGACAACAUGACCUUUGUGCGAAAUUUGGGAGUGGUGCACCCAAUUACAUUUUGACGUGUCAGCCUGGCGUAUCUACAACCCUAGGGUACUGGUACCUCCGAAGAACGCAACACUGUCAAGUGAAUUGUGGCUAAAGAGACUACGCACUGACCGCUAUGAAAAUAAUUAAAGCCACGAAACCUUUUACCAUAUUUUAAAAUAUCGCGAAAGGCUGACUGCAUUGAACGGACUACAUGCAUAUCAAUCAGUAAAGAUGCCAUGUACAUAUACCACCACACUGGUGACUACUGUUACAAACACAUGCAAGGGCAAGUCAAGGGAUCUCACGAAUAAACACGGGAACAUAUGUUACAAGUUAAAAUGGGAAAUCAGUAAUAACUUUUGUCUACGUAGAAAUAUCAUGCUGGAUAUAACCUCCAAAUAUUGACUGUAACAGCUUGAACUGUUACUACAAUGUGUGAUAGGGAUGACCUCAUGGCAUUGCUUCCGGUGUAGUGGUUUGUCUCGACCGAUUCAUCACAUGCCAAAUAAGAACAUUCAACGGCAAUGAUUACCAAAAAACAACAUGGACUUUGCCUCGAUAUUCCCCGAAUGUGAAGUAUUUAAGGGCUUCAUUGCAGCCCUUGGCUGAAAGUGUUGCCAAAGAUAGAUAGAUACGUUAUACUAUUUUAAUCGGCAUUAAAAGCUGGUAUGUUGAAGAGGAACACGUUUUCUGUACUGCAAAUGGAUGCGACGUUUCAGUUCAGAUGCUAAUCCGUUAACAAGCAAGUGCUUGCUUAGUACAUUGCACUUGCUUGAUCUACACCGAAACGUCGUUUCUGUUGCAAAUCCUUAAAAUGUGUUCCUCCUCUUUAUUUUUUACGUGUUUUUGUAUAUAAGAUGAUAUUUCUACCAACGUGCAUGUACUACUUGUUGAUGUAUAUUGAUAAUGCCGUUACAUACAUCGUCAAAUGUAUGAAUGAAUGAAUGAGUGAGUGAGUGAUGUUACAUUUUCAUCAGUAUACCUAACAAUAAGUGGCCCUCUGCAUCAUACUGCCAGUUUUCACACCUUUAUGUCUGACAAAGACUUGGUGUUAUUAUCUUGUUGUCUGCGUUACAGUGUGUAAUUCAGGAAAACGUCGGCGUCACUGGCAACAUUCCUUCCUCGUCGUGACUGCCGUUGUUACUGGGCAGCAUCAAACUGUGUCAAACUGUACAUACCAUCAUGUAUUUUCUGGGUUUUUUAUGAAGGAUUUAUAUGAAUAUGUUGUUUUGUUCAAAAUAAAAUGCAUGAAAUACAAA